UGGACGAGGGCACGCAGGCACCCCAGCGAGCCGGCUGGGAGGAUGCCAUCACUUUCAUGGCUGCGACUGUCAUGGGCUCUGAGCUGCCUGAUGAGUCCUCCCUCCGGUCGUGCACCAGCACUGCCAGUAUGAAGGUCAAGAACGUGAAAAAGCUGUCCCUCAAGAGGCCGUUUCCUCGUCUGGCUGAGUGCGCCCACUUCCACUAUGAGAACGUGGACUUUGGCUCCGUGCAGCUCUCCCUGGCCGAGGAUCAGAGUGAGCUGACCCGCGGCGACGGCCUAGACCCAAAGGAGCUCACAUAUCUCGUGCAGAUCUGUUGCCAGGGGCGGAAAUGGAUGGUGAAACGUUUGUAUGAAGACUUUCGGGUCCUCGACAAGCACCUCCAUCUUUGUAUAUAUGACCGGAAUUUCUCCCAGCUUCUGGAGCUUCCUCGGUUUGACGACCUCAGAGACAAAUCGGAGCCUCUCUCCCAGAUGCUCACUGCCUACCUCUCACGCCUCUCCUUCAUCGCUGACAACAAGAUCAACUGCGGACCCGCUUUGACGUGGAUGGAGAUUGAUAACAAAGGGAACCACCUGCUGGUGCAUGAUGAGUCCUCCAUCAACGUUCCAGCUGUGGCCGCUGCCCACGUGCUCAAGCGCUACACGGCGCAGGCAGCUGACGAGCUCUCCUUUGAGGUGGGGGAUAUUGUUUCAGUCAUUGAUAUGCCACCCAAAGAAGACACUGGCUGGUGGAGGGGGAAACACGGCUUUCAGGUGGGAUUUUUCCCUGGCGAGUGUGUAGAACUGAUCAGUGAGAAAGUUCCUCCAAACAUGACUGGUUCACUGCCCAAGCCAGUGUGUAAAAAGCACGGCAAGCUGAUAACGUUCCUGCGCUCCUUCGUGAAGUCCCGGCCCACCAAACAGAAGCUGAAACAGUGUGGGAUUCUGAGGGAGAGAGUGUUUGGCUGUGACCUGGGAGAGCACCUGCUCAACUCCGGCCACGACGUCCCUCAAGUUAUCAAGAGUUGCGCGGAGUUCAUCGAAAAGCACGGGGUUGUGGACGGAAUUUACCGCUUGUCUGGGGUCGCCUCCAACAUUCAGAAACUGCGGCAUGAGUUUGACUCGGAGCACGUACCAGACCUCAGCAAGGAUGUGUCGAUCCAGGACAUCCAUUCCGUGGGCUCCCUGUGCAAGCUGUACUUCCGUGAGCUCCCCAACCCCCUGCUCACCUACCAGCUCUAUGACAGAUUCUCAGAUGCAGUGUCAGUAGCCACGGAUGAUGAAAGGCUGGUCAAAAUCCAUGACGUCAUUCAGCAGUUGCCUCCCCCGCACUACAGAACUCUCGAGUUCCUGAUGAGGCACCUGGCCCAUAUGGCGACCUUGAGUAACAUCACCAACAUGCACUGCAAAAACCUGGCAAUUGUCUGGGCCCCCAAUCUCCUCAGGUCAAAGCAUAUUGAGUCGGCGUGUUUUGGCGGCACGUCGGCAUUCAUGGAGGUGCGUGUGCAGUCUGUGGUGGUGGAGUUCAUCCUCAGUCACGUGGAGGAGUUGUUCAGCCACAGACUUAGCACGCUGAUCCGCGAGAGCUCAGGUCACGGCACCGUGAUGCGGCCCAAGUCCCUGCUGGUCUGCUCGCCAUCCACCAAGCUGCUGUCUCUGGAGCAGGCGCAGGCCCGCACGCAGACCCAGCUUACCUUACCCGUGUUCCCCGACAGCAAGUACAUGGAGGUGGGGGAGGGACCCGCCGCCCUGCAGGGCAAAUUCCACACCGUGAUCGAUCUGCCCACAGAGAGGAAGAAGACCCAGAACAAGGCGAGGAAAUCUCCCGUGCUCAGCUGGCGCUCCUUCUUCAGCAUGGGCAAAUCGUCCACGGCAACCAAAUGCAAGCUGCUCCACCGUCCCAGUGAGCCCAGUGAGAUCAAGACCGCGGCGCUCCAGGGUGGUAGAGGAGACUCUGGGACCAUGCGAUCGGCCAAGAGCGAAGAAUCUCUCUCUUCUCACACUCAUGAGGGGGGAUCAGGGGUGUAUCGCGUACGUAGGCCGCGCUCCACCAGCGACGCCCUGUCCGUGUCGUUCAGCGAAGACCUGCUGAACAGCCGCGGUCACGGGGGCUCCCAGUCCGGCGGGAAGGACCCGGCUGCCCCGCACCCUGCUGACGCCCACCUCGCCGUAGAGCCGCCGUCGCAAACGUCCGACGCAAGGAAGGAGGGCGGCCGGAAGAGGGAGAGAGGCAGGCCUGGCGAGGCGGCGCGGUGGGAUGGACGUGCCGGUCUGACCGUGCCGCCAGAUUUGCCGCCGCAGGCCCAGGAGGAUGCGAACCGCAUGCACUCGGCUAACGUUGCCGCGGCGACUAAAGCGACGUCGCCGCUGAUGGGGCCCGGCGAGUCCGCGGGGGCCGAGGAGUGCCCCACCUCCUCGCGCCAGGGAGAGGCUGGAACUCGAGAUGAGCCGGCCCACUCUCUAAAGCGUGCAGGAACAGGUGCGGUGAUCUUUGACUGCACUCCGGGCUUGGUGCGGUCCGUGUCCCUCAUCGCCCCGCAGCCUGCUGGGAAGAGCGCGGCCCGCGUGCUGGCCCUGGCCCUGGCCGAGUCAGCCCAGCAGGCCGCCCGGCUGCGCAAGAGAGGGAGCUCCGAGCCCCCAACGCCCCUCUCUCCCCUCCGCCUCCAGGAUCCACUCUCCUUGCUGCAGUGGCCUUCUGCCCCAACGAAAGAUCCCUGCAUCCCCCAAGGAAACUUCACGGGCUCCCCGAGCGCCGUCUCUGCUGGGAACCACACCGAAUCCAGCAGCCCACGGAGCACGUGCGCGUGCCGCGGCAGCGAGAGCGGGCUGAGCUGCUCCGACGGAGGGGAUGCUCCUGGCACGGGGCGCAGAGCGUGUGCCACGCCCCCGGACCCUUCUUCCGUCAAAGGUGCGGACGCAGAGCGGGCCCUGGAGAGCCAAGCGUCCAUCCGGGAGAAUAUCCGCCACGUGGGGGUGGGCACCGAUGCCGGCGGACCGGAGACCGAGCUAUGCGAGGGCCUGGAGCCUCGCCGCUCUCCAACGGAGGACUCCUCCGCCUGCCACGCUUCCGAGGACUGCUCCGCUACGGCUGCUCUGCUCAGCAAGCAGGCUGCCAACGCGUCCAACUUCCGUGCCAUAUUAGCCGAAGCGACUAUGCCGUCUUCGGUCCAGGAGGUUCUCCCGCAAGCUCCAGUCACCUCUCCCAGUUCCGCUUACCAGUACAGCCCAAAAGAUGCCAGUUUGCUGGGCUCUUCGGGCCUUGUGUAUCCCCAACCCUGGUGCAGCCCGCCGGGACAGAGCGGCCCCUAUCAGCCGGGCUACCAGCAGCUCCAGGCUGAGAGCUUCUCUAAGGACCGCUACAGCACUCUGACACCGCGGUCCCUCCACCUGUCUUUUAAAUACAAAGGUCACCAGAGGAUGGAAUGCUCCCCAGGUCGCGUCUAUGGAUACGGUGGCCCGAGGUACCCACCAAUGGAUGGCGCCUCGGUGUACCCCACUAUACGCAGGGUGCGCUCCAUACAUGCGCCGCCGGAGGACAAAUUUUUCUUUUUCCAGCAUCCAUCCUGCCAGAACAAUCCUUACCAGACACCAGUUCCCUCAGACAUCCACCGAGUGCGGCCUUACUUCGAGGAUGGCAAAGUCCAGUACAGGUACAGCCCCUUUCUGGAGGCCCAACAGAGCGACCCGGAUGCACGCCGAGUGAAUGGUCACAGACGCAGCCACGCCUACACCACCCACAGGCCACCCUUCCGCUCUGCUGGAGUCACGGGCAGUGUCCAGAGCCAUCGCGACCCCUGGGUCAAGCCACCCUUUGCCAGAGAACGCAGCUUUGUGAAACAGGAUGUCGGCCCGUUGCCGAGAGGGAGGGACGGGACUGUGUAUGAAGCUCUGGACGCUGGUUUAUCCGAUCCACAUUUCAGCCAGUCCGUCAGACAAGGAAACGUCUGGAAUAAGAGGCUGCCAGAUCUCGCUGUGGGCCCGGCCCAUCUCCUGAGAGGUGCCCAGAGCAAGUCUGAACCGGGCAACGAUAUGCUUAUUUCUACUGAGGGGGCUGAUGGGAAAUACAGAGUGACCAUGGUGCGGGAUUACUCUCCUGAACACCCGCUGCCCGAGCCUGAGGCGUGCCAGCCUGAGUGGGCGGAGAAGCGGGGUUUUGGGCACGGCGCCAAGGCUGCCCUGAUGCUGAAGCAGAGCUGCUCCAUGCUGUGCUACCCACAGCCUCCCGCGCGCUACCCGGGCCUGCAGAAAGAGCACAGCUGCCCCGACUUCAAGCGCUCUGAGUCUUCUGAGGCUGGGGUGUGCCUCCGUGGCCAGAACAGGCUGGCGUUCCAGACCCUUGGCGGCUGCCCUGCGGAAGACUCCCAGCGUGCUAAGGUCAGGUGCCCUGGCUUGCAAAGAUCAGAUAGGUCACAAAGUGCGAGAGGUCGUCAUCAAGAAAGCUAUGCCAAAAGGACCCUGGAGCGAGAUUACAGACUGGCGUACCCCACGCAGAGAAGGCCGAGGACUUGCAGCAUGUCUGUGCCAUCUCGCCCGGAAUACGCGGACGCUUGCGUGUCUAAGCCCGUUCGAGCGAGGAUGGGUGUGUUCCCCAACUAUGGCUGCAUGCCUCCUCAGAGCCGCAGGCUGUACCCCACGGCGCUGGGCCCGGGAGGGUUUCUUCCCUCCGAGCUCCGGCCUGAGACUGAGAUAUACGCUGAAUGAAGAACGUCUGCGGAAGCUCCGGACGUUGACGGAAGAGAGGACACGGAGAGACAGCCUCUGCUGGACAGUGGUCUUUUAAAGCUCAGAGUCUAUUUUAUGGAAGGAAAAGAAGUGAUAAGUUUAGUAACACGGUGUAAGGGUUCACGCUGGCGUCAUUUUGUAUCAAAUCACACUAAAUGUCAAGAUCCAUCAUAGUUUGGAGCCGCUACAUUUAAAGAGCCAAAGCGAUGUCAAAGACCACAUUCAGGGAUUUUCACUGGAUCAUAACAAAAAAAUGCUCCUGCACUGGCUAAAGUUUAAAUCUUAUUAAUUUCAUAAAAGGAGUCACAACGCCCCCGAAUCCUCCAGUUUCUCCUAAGCAGCAUCUGACCAUUUCCUGAUUGCAAUGUUUUACAGGCUUCCACAAUUUAAAAAAAAAAAAGUCCCAAAACAUGACAGAUGGCUCAUGUUAAAAAUUGGGAGAAUUACUGGUUCCAGUCGAGACAUUUUAACACAGUAUUGCAGUGCAGCGAGACGUGACUCCUGACUCUGCUCUCAGCCAAGUUCACGUUCCUGAGAAAUUAGACACAAAGCAUAAAUGUAACCAUCUGCCAUGUUAGGAGAUCGUUUGGGAUGGGACGCCUGUGAAACAUUUCUACAUAAAAACAUUUAUACAGAACAGAAAUGACAUAUGUUUAAAGCUGUUUGUAACUGUAAAUAUUCCGAUUUUAGUGCUUUAGACUUUUCGUCUUGAUUUUUCGGGAUUUUAUAACAAUUUAACACCGGUGUAACUAUGUUUACAGUCAGAGUGCAACUAUGAACAAAAACAACACCCACCAAACUGGAGCCCAUCGUUGGCUGGAAAACACAUCAUUACCAAAGAGGGCCUUUAACAUCACUUUGCAUCUUUCAUGCAGUGUUUCCCAUUUAUGAAAAAUGUCAAACCUUACACUGAUUUCAUGUGGAAUAACCUUUUGUUGUCUUAUGCACUGUAUACGUCACACACCUUGCACAUUAGGCUUGUUCUUGGCUUCAUUUCGGGGAAUGCUUUUGAAAAUCACCUCAGUUGAGUGUUCUGCCGGUGGGAGUUCACAUGCUUUAACUGCUUCUUUGACUGCACCGUCAAUCAGUUCAUUAGUCUUGAGAUUUUGUCAUUUCCGUAACGGUGUUCGGAUGAUCCAGAAGCAACAUGGCAUCCUGGAGUGUAUACCCAGUGGUGAUCAGAUUGCUAGCUGCUCAUUUCAACAAGCUCCCAUUUCUUACACUUGGCGAGGCACCACUUGCAUCAUAUCUUUUACUAAUUCUGCCCUGCGUUUAUUAUCUCUGUGAAAGUGCGUCGCAGUACAAGCUGUCAAAUGAAAAGAAUGGAUGGAAUUCAACUUGAGCUGAAACAUCUCCGUCAUGAGCUGAGCAGAUGGCGAGGCUUCCUUCGUAACGCUGUAUACGAGCCUCUCGUGGUGUUGAAUGGUUUUUUCCUGCCAGUUUGGAUCCACCGUAGUCUGUGGCGAGGCGAGCACUUUACGGUUAGACCGAGACACCAGUGUUCUAAUAACUAGCACUUUAGACAAAAAAAAACAAAAAACAAACAAGCAAACAAAAAAACUAACUAAUGUCCUUAUUUUACCAUUGUAGAACUGAGGAUGAGGGUAAAAUUAGAUAUUUAAAAAAACAUCUAAAUAAAAACCAGCAGGGUCACGUGAUGCUGGAUUGGCCAUUAAAUGGUUAUAAAUUAAAAAAUGUAAAUUCACAUAUCUGUUUAAAUGAAAUUGGUUGCUGUGUUGUUGAAGAAAAGUGUACUGUUGUUUAUUCUGGGAUAUUCAUUAUUCUGGGAUAUUCUUUUUAUGGUGUCUUCUUUUACUUUCAUUAAAAUUAUCUAUUAAAAUCUCAAGGCAUAGUU